AGGCAGUCAGCCCCUGGAUCGCCAAGAGGCGAGUCGGGGCUGAGAGGUCUGGCGGCGCGGGCGCGGGCGGGACGCGUGCAGUGGGGGCAGAUCGGGGCCUCGCGCGCCGCUGCAGUGGCCGCUCGCGAUGAGCGAGGCCAGCCGGGUGUGCUCCGGCUACUACAGCCUCAACCACAGCUUCGUGGAGCCCUUUCAGUGCCCCCGGCGAGGCGAGGGGGCCUCCCUCCUCUACUGCUGUGGCUUCGCGGACCUCAAGUACUGCUGCAGCGAGCCGGGCAGCUACUUCCCCUACAAGCACAGCUACAUGUUGAGCCUCAGCAUUGGUGCCCUGAUUGGACUGGGAAUUGCUGCCCUUGUUUUACUUGCAUUUGUCAUCAGCGUCUGUGUCCUUUGCUACCUAUUUCUGUAUACAAAGCCUCAAAGGUUAGACACUGGCCUUAAACUUCAGCACCUGGAGGCUGUUUCUACUCAAGAAGGUAUCUCAAAUAGAAAAACCAAAGCCCCCAGUUCAAACGCAGCAUCAAAUUCAACAAAUGAAACAUUCUAUGAAGCUGAUGAUAUAAUUCAAGAAAAAACAACAGAUACGAAACAGAUCAACAUCGCUUACUGUUAAAAAUCCUGUGUUGUAAAAGCUCACUGGAGAGAUGGAGCAAUAAAAAUAAAGAGUGCAUUUCAAUACAGUUUGCAAUAAUAGUUUUCAGAAACUCACCACGUACAAAGCAAGACAUAGUUGUGCAGUUUUGGUCAUAUAAUUUAUUAAACACCCACUAAGGUUUCUGAUAGAUUUCCAUCUUGUAUAAGUUUCUGAUAGAUUUCCAUGUGUAUAAGCUUACUUUUACUUACUAAUUAGUGUUUGUGCAUUACAUAAAAUUAUACUAAUACUUCAGGAGAAGUUAUAGAAUUUAUCAAUAACACAGAUAAGCAUACCUAUGUCAAUGAGGAACAAUGAAAAGUUUAUGUCACAUUACCAGCAUUUUACAAGUUUCUCAUACUUAGAACAGUUAUUUUUAUGAGAUGGUACUGGAUAGGUAAAUCUCAGGGGAGUGGCCUUAUAAAUUAGAAGUGGCAUGUUCUUAAUAGCGUCUUAGAAAUCAACCCACGCCUCUUUUAGAGGAUUUGCUGAGCACACAAUGUACUAUUGCCUUUAUGAAAGCUAACAUUCAAUAACAAAACAUAUCACCAUGUAAAAUCUGCAUGAUAACUAUUUUUCUGCAUACCAAUGGAUAACCAUUACAAAAAUCCUUCAAUGAUAAAGUUCCUAAGGAAUUUCUAAAAUGAAAGUUAUAAAACAAACAUAAUCUCUGGUCCCACAAAAAGCUACUGCAGUAAUACCACUUAGACAUCUAGAUAUAAAACUGCAGUUUCUGCAAAUUAUAAUUAUUUUAAAAGAUUUUAAUUCAUAAAUGUGAUUUCUAUUAUGAGAACACAGACCUAGUUUUAUAAUGGAAUUCAAUAGGAAAAAAAGAUUAAUUUUAAGCUGACUCUGCUACAUCUACCAUGUUGUACAGUUUCUGUAGUUGGAAGACUAGCCUUUCAAAAUGGCCAAAUAUAGCUUCUCUGGUCUUUGGGAGGGGUGGGGUGGGCAGAGAAAUGCCUAAGAACAGUUUUUGCUGUCUGGCAAAGGAGCAACGAAGACACAUGUGGCUACUGGACACUUGAAAUGUGGCUAGUGCAACUAAAGAAAAACAUUUUCAUUUAAUCUAAAUUUCAAUAAUCACAUGUGGCUAAAUUGACAGCACAGUUUCAGAUCAUUACCGCAAGACCCUACCGCCUGUGUUGGAUUUCACUUUCAAAAAGAGCACAGUUUUGCGAAUGUGUCAAUAUUAAAAUUACUUACAGUGUUGCGAAGUCUGAAAGUUAAAACAUUUCUAUUACAAAAAUGACAUUUUAUGUUGUCAUAAAAGCAAAGAAUUGUAAUUUAUUUUUGUGAAAGCACAUGAAGCAUUUGUGGGUACUUCUUGAUCUUUUAUCCAGCUUUGAUUUUUAAAAAAAUAAAUCCUAGAAAAUUUGCUGUCUUGAUUCACAGAUACUAAUAACUGUAUUACUAAUUGGAUGUUGCCUUAGCUGAAAAUCUAGAUUGAGAAAGUUAAGGCACUGGUACUGUCUACUUUUGUUGCUCAAGGGCAAGAGCGGAUGUCAUGAUAAGAAGCAGGAAAUUUAAGAGACUCAGGGCCAGCAAAAUGCUCCUGGCCCCCGAGACACUUCCCAACCUGUGGGACAGGCCAACUGGGGCUGGGCAAGGCUGGGUGCACCAGGGGCUAGGCUCUAGGAGAGGCAAUCGAAUUCUCUGGCAUCCUGAAAAUGUUUGGAGGCAACAAAUGAGGUCUGAAGACUUUGGGCUUUGCAAGUGAAAUUAUCAUCAAACUGACAUAGGAAAAAAACCAUUGUCCUGAAUGGAAUCUCAGCACUAGUGUCAGCUGGGGUCCCUGGAGCACUUUCUGCCAAGCCAGGUUACCUGAGGGUGAGUGACAGGGACCAAACGGUAAGUGUCACUGCAACUCUGAAGAAGUAGUGCUUUAUAAUAUUCAAAAUAUUGAGACAAAAAAAAUUAAAAGAAGUCUUAUCAAAUUACAAUACACUCUGUACACUGAAAAUAGUAUUUUAAAUGAUUUAUUUGGACCAAAAAUACUAACACAGGGACAGAAUAUAUUUUGUUAGCAAAAAAAAAAAAAAAAAAAAAACCCUAAAAUUAAAAUUAAAAGCAAAACACAUUUAAAAUUAU